CAUGUUUGAAACGUGGAUUGUCUUCGCCUGCCGGUGGUGUUGUCUUCGUCCUAGUGGGUUGUUUUACUGUAUUAAAGAUUUAAUAUAGGAUGCCAGUGCACCCGCGUGACAGAAAAGAGAAUAAUCACGAAGAAAUGGACGUGGACUAUCCAGAACAAGAGGCCAGCAGCUUCGACGAAGAGGAGUCCGUGAGCUCGUCCGCCUCUGAGGAUGGAGACACUUCAGACAUGGAUGAUGAAGACUGUGAAAGAAGGCGAAUGGAGUGUUUAGAUGAGAUGACAAAUCUUGAGAAGCAGUUCACAGACCUGAAGGAUCAGUUGUAUAAGGAGAGGCUCAGUCAGGUGGAUCUUAAAUUGCAAGAAGUGAUAGCUGGCAGUGCUCCAGAAUACCUCGAACCCCUGGCCACCCUGCAGGAGAACAUGCAGAUCCGAACCAAAGUCGCAGGUAUCUAUCGUGAGCUCUGCUUGGAAUCUGUCAGGAACAAAUAUGACUGUGAGAUGCAAGCAGCCAGCCAGCACUGGGAGAGUGAGAAGCUACUGCUUUUUGACACAGUUCAGAGCGAACUGGAAGAGAAGAUCAGACGAUUGGAGGAGGACAGACACAGUAUAGAUAUAACUUCAGAACUGUGGAAUGAUGGUCUGCAGUCUAAGAAGAAUAAAAAGAAGGAUCCCCUCAGUCCUGGAAAGAAGAAAAAACCUGUCGUUGUGUCAGGACCAUACAUUGUUUACAUGUUGCAAGACCUGGAUAUACUUGAAGACUGGACUGCAAUAAGAAAGGCUAUGGCUUCAAUGGGUCCCCAUAGGGUAAAAGUAGAUGCUCCUCUGAAACCAGAAAGACACCAUCAUGUUGCACGAUCAGAAGAUGGCCGUCUGUUCUAUGACAACAAAUGGUACAGCCGGGGUCAGGCCAUAUGCAUCAACAGGAAGGAUGAAUAUCCUAUCAGGAAAGCACAAUGACAGCUUGAAGAUCAAAGAGUGCCACAAUAACCACUGUUAACCAAGACGAGGUUUGGUACAAACGUCUGGAUGGCAGCAAAUCAAAGCUUUACAUCUCUCAGCUCCAGAAAGGCAAAUACACCAUGAAACACUCAUAAGUGUUCUUCUCAUCGUCCCCCUGCUCCCUGUUUCCAGUGUGGAACCCAAACCUUCACUGGUUCGACUCCGUUCUCCGUUUGUCACUAUGACUACUCGUUCAUGCUGGAUGGACUCGGGUCUUACAUGCAUGUACCACAUGUUUGCACUUCCUAAGUUAGAGCUGCUAAACAAACACCUGGUUGCCAAGGAAACAGUGAAAUUGUGUGUGCCUUGAUGACAAGGAUGAGCCAGUAAAGCCUUGUUCAAAGCAGAAGAGCAGUGAAGCUCAACUUAUUGCUGUUGCUGAUACUGAACACAUGACAGUUUCCAUGCUUUUUAUGAAAUACAGAGUCAGUAUUUUUAUUUGUUGGUUUAUGGAGCAUGUCUUUGUGUUCUAAAACAAGUUAGUGCCAUGAAUCCUGUUCUGUGUCUGUGAGAUGCAUAAUGUUUUAAACAACAGAACGGUUCUCCAAGCUCCGCUGGGCUAGUGUUAUUUUUGUACGUGUUCUGAAAAUAAUAGAGAAUAACUUCGUGAAUUCACUCUUAAAGACUAUAAAAGGUGUAUUAAUGUAACUUGGGCUUGUGCAAGUCAUAUUUUUGAUUUGUAACUCUUAUUAUUUUCAGUUAAGCCAACCAAAUGUAGCAUAUUCUGAGCUUUUGAUCAAAUUUGUGACCCAUGUUCUUUUACAUAUUGGAUUUUUAGAGCCCAAUCAUCAGCUAGAGACUAUGAAAUUCUCUAACCGUUGUAUUUUCAGUAUUUAUCAUAUGUUCACAUCCAUUUUACAGUGUGUUAGUACUUGAGUGGUUUGUAAUUGUGUACUGAGUUACAUGAUUUGAACUUGUGUGAGUGCUUGUAUUUUAUUUACUACUGAUUUAAUUGAUGCAAUACCAAACACUACACAAACCCUGCCAAAAGAACCAUGUCUUCCAUAAGUCAUAGAGAUCCAACACAUCCUUAAUGAAAUUCACGGCUUUAAUAUCUAAGUCAGUCAUAUCUGAGUGUUAUGUGAACCAUAAAACAUGAUUUUUGUAGCAGAUAAAGAAUCUUCCUGCAAUGUUCAGAAGAAGCUCUGAAAGAGUGUAAUAAUAUUGCUGUUCUCUACACUGGAGUUUUUGUUCAGAAGUUCACCAUGGAAAUGUAACGUUCUCAUAUAAAGCUGAUUCUGCAUGGUA